GUUUUCCUUCUCACUUCAGCAGCCUCUUCCUCUUAAGCAAGCCAAAUUCUUCUUCUUCUUCUUCCAGUCAAGCCACUUAUAGCUUCUUCUUGCUCUUUCUGUUACUACUUCUGCUUAUUUUAUAUUGGGCUGAUCGAUCAGGUAUGGACCGUCUUGUGGGGCUCAUGUGCUACUUUUUUGAUAUGAAAAUUAUCAGUCUUCUGGAGAAGAAGAGGAUUCACCCGGAUUUCUCUGACCCCGAGGUUAAUCAAGAUGAUAUCUACAAGUUCGACCCUCCUAACUUGCCUGGGCUCUCUGAAAGUGACUCCGAUGAACAAGGAUGGUACUUUUUCUGUGAGCCUUAUUAUAAGUAUGCGAAGAGUGAACGUGUCAACCGACAAACCCCUGGAGGUUAUUGGACAAUAACUGGGGGCGGCAGUGAUCUCCGGAAUAAAAGGGGGCAAGUCAUCGGCAGCAAAAAGAUUUUGGUUUUUUAUCUUGGUGAUUCUUCUAAUGGAGUCAAGACUGACUGGGUCAUGCAUGAGUUUUAUGUCAAAGAUAAAAACGACCCUCGUUAUAAGAAGGAUUUUGUUCUCUGUUUCAUAGAAAGAAAACCAAAGAAGUCGACUAACCGAAAAAAAAAAUCAAACAAGUCUGCCUUGUCAACUCCUGAUGAUGGUCAACCAAGAAACAGUUUGUCUUCUGUUUCUGUAUGCCAGGUUGCAGAAUCUCCUUAUAUAGAGGUUAAAUCUAAGAAGAGAAAAUCAAACCAGUCGACUAACCCAAUAAAAAAAUCAAACAAGUCUGCCUUUUCAACUCCUGAUGAUGGUCAACCAAGAAACAGUUUGUCUUCUGUUUCUAUAAGCCAAGUUGCAGAAUCUCCUUAUAUAGAGGUUGAAUCGCAGCAGCCAUCAUCAAGUCACCGUUUGAGUUAUGAUUCUGGAGGGAAUAUUACAGAAAUUUCUUUUUCAGGAGUGGAACCUCAACCACUGCAAACUGCCAAUUUGGUGAGGGAUCCAGGAAGUUUGUUUCGAGAAAGUAUUAACUCAUUGGUGGAAUCUCAACCGCUAUUGGAUAACAAUUUUGUUCCUGACCAGAUGAAUCUUUUUGCAGAAAUGCAGGUAGAUCCUCAACUACUAGCUGAACUUUAUUCAACCAAUAGCUCUUGUUGGUUAAAUCAAAGCCCUCUCCCUGCACCACAGUUGCCAACUAAUCCAGACCAGUACCAGGGAUUCAAUUCCUCCACAUACUCAACUGGGUUUUGGGAAGACUGUAAUAUGCAGGAUUUUCAGUUUGAUGGUGAUUUUGGAGAUGCGAUUUCACUAUGGGACUUGGAGAAUUAACAUCCAAGUGAAAUAACUGGACAUUUUUCCUUUUGGCGGAGACAUUUAAACCAUCAGCAAGACACCAGGGGACUGUAUACCACAUUGAAAUUCCGUAAGGGAAUAUUAUUACUCUAAAAUUUUAUCAUCAUUGUUAGAAUGUUUUACUGUAUUUUGAGAUAUGUACUUGUUCAGUAUAAUGGUUACAUCUUUUGUGACCUUUUUUACUCCUCAGCUUGUAUUUCUGUGUAGUAGUAAGGCCAGGUUCUGGAGACUUGGAGCUUGUUUGAGGGGAAUGCUAUUUAUAUGUACAAAAACUUCAUUAUGGAAUCCUUCCUGGAAUUUUGAUGUAUUUACUUCAAUGAAUGUUGCUCUGCUCAUAUCAGGAACAAGCCUAAUAUGAAACCAUUUGUAUC